UGAGAGAGAAAAUGCUCCAAGACGAAAAGAAAUGGAGCUGAUGUCCUCGCCGGAAGCUCCAGAACAUGUGCAGGAGUGUACGGAAGUCUUCGGUGGACGAGAGCUUCCGGAAGCUGGGGAUAGAGAAGCUUCCGAGCAUCGGAGAUAUCCAGAGAGUGGAGUAAUGAAGACCCGGUGGCCGCAAAAUUGUACUCUAACUCUUCGCCGGCGAGAAGAAGCUCUAUGCAUGAGCAAGUGUUUGAAGGUGUAGGCACUGCUACAGAUGAUGCUUGCUUUAUAUAUGUAGACUAUCAAAUGUCCAGGUAUUUAGCUUUUUAAGUUUUCCGAUAUAUAUAUAUGCUAUGCGGGGGGUUUGAUCUCGGAUUAUAAGCCGACUUUGGUUGAAUUGAUGAUUGUUUCAAAGCCUUCAACAUAUUCAUUAUAUUAAUGGAUCGCCCGAUUUGAGAGAGAUGAUUAGGGAUUUUGAUUUUUUUGGGAAGUUAACUGUGAAUUCAGGCACUCGGCUACUAAAAAAUUAAAAUAAUAUUUGAGUCUAUUGUUUAAAAAAAUAAAUAAAUAAAAAAAUCUUGGCAGUUAAAAACUGAAAAUGGCCGUUGAUGGGAUCCCCCCAUAUUUAACCUCCCGCCAUAACCCACUUUCUUUCUUUCCUUCUGUGUGUCAUCUCUCCAUUGCUCCAAGAACCUCCACUCUUUCUCAUGGAGUCUCCGUCUACUUCUGAAAAUAAUCAAAUUCACUCCCAAAUCAAAGAACUCUUGAGCGAACAUAACCGAGAUGGUUUCUUCGACUUCGUCAAUUAUCUCUUCUCUGAGGACGAAGCCAUCCGCAACCCCGCCGACUCCCUCUACAACAUCGUCAUGAACGAGUAUCCGAAUGCUCUUUCUAACAAGCUCGCCUUAGCCAUCAACAGCAGUCCUGAUACCCAAACCAGACUUCGCUGCUCUACCCUCUUCUCCCGUAAUCUUGCGUUAAAAUCUCCCCUCAUCGACCAUAUUCUCAACAAAAGAUUCAAGACCUUCUUUAUCCAGCUCAUCCAGGAUGAGGAGGAAUGGGAGAUCCUCAAGAUUCACUGCGCCUGUGUUUCAAGCAUUGCUGCUCUGCUUUUUCCCAAGCAAGAUUGGCCCGAAUUGCUGGUAUUGAUGUUCGAAUGGUUAUCUUCUCCAAACUCAACACUUACAAGAUGGGCCUCUGUUGUUUUGCUCUACGAACUGAUUCCAAAAUGUCCUGAUACUUUUAGUCCCUAUGUCGAGACUAUAAGUUUAGAGUUUAAGCGGUUAAUAGAUACUGAAGAUAACAGAGCCAGAAUCGCCACUGUUGGUGCCGCGGCGAAGUUUAUUUUGCACUUAGCUACUCCUUCAAAUCAUGACCAGUAUUAUGGUCUGUUGACCAGAAUGAUCGCGGUAUUGGGGGAUGAUGUUUAUGAUCAAGAUCUUGCGUGUAAUGCCCUUGAUGCAAUGACUAUCUUGGCCAAAGCAAAACCAACCUUCUUCACACUUCAUAUUAAGUACUUGGCAGAGGCAAUGCUUAUGGUAGCGAGCGAUACUAAUUUGAACGAAAAGAUGAGGAUACUAGCAGUUAACUUCUUCGUCACAGUGGCUGAGGGCGGAGAUGAAAGUAACGCAAUGAUUCAGAAUCUGCCCAGUAAUCUAAUUGAAGACUUGCUCACACAGUUGCUUCAAAUGCUGAUGUGCGUUGAGGAUGACAUUUCUUGGAACGAAGCAGAUGUUUAUGAUAUGAAUGCAGGCAAAACGGCUAUGUCCUGUUGUGCUGAGGAUGCUUUGAGCAGACUGGCGAUAGUCCUGGGUGGAGAUGUAAUUGUGCCCAAUUCUCCUGAUUCGCUCCCAGAUUUCUUUGAAGAUGAUGAUUGGAAAAAGCGCUAUGCUGCAGCAGGGGCCCUUGGCUUAAUUGCAUCAGGUUGCUCAAAGAUGUUAGUACAAUACCUGGAAGAGUCAUUGGAAAAAACAAUGGCACUAGUUCGUGAUCAGCACCCUCGCGUGCGCUGGGCAGCUAUCUAUGCAAUUUCUGAAUUCUCAAAGUACCUGAGUCCCUUUUUUCAAGAACGGUGUCAUCAACAAGUUAUUCCUGCUUUAUCAGAAGUCAUGGAUGAUUUUGGCAACCCCAGAGUGCAGACAUAUGCAGCAAGGGCAAUGUCAAAAUUCUGCCAGAAUUGCUGCUCAAAUAUAUUGAAACCAUACAUGAAAGAAAUGAUUAGCAAAUUGCUUAUGUUCCUGCAGGCAGGAAAGACAUUUUUGAAAGAAACAGCUUUGAGUGAGUUAGCCUCAUUAGCUGAUUCAACCAAGGAUGAUUUUCGACCAUUCUAUCCCAUGGUUAUGCCCUACCUGAAACUUAUAUUAAUAACAGAAACUUCCAAUUGCAUGCUAGUUGCCAAAACCCUAGAGUGCAUCACUUUGGUUGCAGUGGCUGUGGGAAAAAGUGUAUUCUCUACUGAUGUUGAAGAGAUUGUUAACGUUCUUCUCUCAGAACAUAACCGUGUUGAUAUGGAUGAUCAAGUGAAAUGUUAUUUGCUCCAAGCAUGGGGGAGAAUAUGCGUAUCUUUAGGGGAGGACUUCCGUCCUUACCUGAGUGCUGCUGUGCCUCUGGUGAUUGAGUCUGCUAAACUGGAAGAUCACCUAAAGAAUAAUUUUGGGAAUUUGAAGCAAAGAAGCAUUAUCUUGAAGGAGAUGUUGUGGGCCUGUAAUACGAUAUGCUGCUUUGCUAUUCAUAUCAAAGGAGGACUGCAUUUGUGGAUUAAAAAGAUUUUAAAUGGAGUACUUCCACUUGUCAAUUUUAAAUUUGAUGAAGAAGUUAGAGUAGCUGCAAUAUCAGUAAUGCCAUUGCUGUUGCGAUCAGCUGCUACUGCUGUGGAAAACGAGCUUCCUAUUCCAGAACUUUUAGAUUCUCCAAUCAGUACUUUAGCUAAGAUCAUAAUCCCAACUUUGGUUGAAGCCUUAGCGGCACCAACCAUAAAAACUCAAGCGCAAGCAUUGGUGGCAUUGAAAGAAAGCAUGCAGAUUGCUACAGCGUGGGCCCCAGAUACGGAUGAAAUUAUUGGCAGCAUAUUGAUGGUUCUCUUGCUAUGCUUCGAAAGGAAAAAGGAAAGAGAGAGUGUGGAACAGUGUAGCUUAGACUCUACGAACGCUGAACUGGUCAAGGAGGAAAUUCAGGAGGAGCACAAUGUUUGCACAGAAGUUCGUAUUUGCUUGCAAAUUUUGUUAAAAAGGCUGUGUGCUCAAAACAUCAUCCCUGAAAUUGCUUACGUAAAAACAAUGUGGCAAAAUGAUACAACACCAGAAGAAAGAAGAAUGGCAUUUGACAUUUUUGGUUACAUUGCUGUGGAAUUUGGAGAACGGGGUUUAAGACAAUAUGAAGAUUGUAUCCCAUUCAUGUUCGAAGCUUGCAGGGAUACAGAUCCAAACAUUCAACAGAUUGCUGCCCGUGCAAUUGGCAUAUAUUGCGAGUUUGGGAGAGAAAUGUUUGAGCAGCAUCUUCAAGGUAGCUCAAAUAGUUUGUGUUUGUUCAUUUGUUUUAUUUAUAUGUUUUUCUGCUGUGAACUGUCAGCAAGCCAUUCCAACUACUCUGCAGAAGGACUCUCUAGUCUGGAAUAUAUAUUUCAGCAGCCUGAUAAAAACACAGAGCACACAAUGGCUAAAGAAGCAGCUAGUUGUGCUUACGGGAAAAUCUGUUUCUUCUUUCAUGAAGAAAUUAACUACGAGGUAAGCAAUUAAUGAACUUUAGAUGUUACCCAUCA